CCUCCCACCGGACCACGACGAGUCUGUCCGCCUCCGCCGGCUCACCUCAGAGAUCGUCAGCGCCGCCGAACGCACCCUCGUAGGACCUGUCCAGCGAGACGAGCAUGAGCACAGGUGGAUAACCAAGAGGUACCGGAACCACGUGAAGGCGCCGCCAAUGACGAGGCACCUCGACGGGCUGGACUGGGAGGUGAUCGUCAUCAAAGAUGAUACCGUCAACGCGAUGUGCCUGCCCGGUGGCAAGAUUAUGGUCUACACUGGGUUCCUCGACCAUUUCAAAACCGAUGCUGAGGUUGCCGCCGUGCUUGGGCAUGAGGUCGGGCACGUUAUUGCGAGGCAUACGGCUGAGAUGGCCAGCAAGAGCCUGGUGUCCAUGUUCAUGCGAACUGGCAUACGGCAGUUCUUUGACAAUCCACGUUUGGUCAAAUACGUUUCCAAAUUCCUCCAAGAGCUGCCCUUAUCACGAAAGUAUGUUGGAGAUAGAGGCAGAUCACAUUGGAAUGCUGCUACUUGCUGCGGCUGGUUUUGAUCCAUACAUAGCCAUUGAGGUUCAAGAGAAGCUAGGAAAGAUCGGAGGAGAUUCAGAAUUGCAAAACUACUUUUCUACUCACCCUUCAAGUAAGAAAAGAGCAAAGUAUUUGUUGAAAGACAAGGUCAUGGAGGAGGCGUUGGAACUAUGCAGAGAAUCAAGUGUUAGUAAGGCAGAGAAGGCUUCCUCUUGGUCCUAGAUUUUCAAACUCUCCUACCGGAUGCUAAUAUUUCUAGAGCUUGGCAGAGAAACAUGCGCUUAAUUUAUCGAUAUCGACAUCAAGUGUCAAUUAGUUUUUGUUAUCCUCAACUAGUCAAUUGCUCAUGACUAAUUUUAUAAUGACCGAUAAAUCUUACUUGAUUGCUCCAUCCGUAUUGGAAGGACACAUAUAUCA